AUGGGGGGCUUCGACUCGACCCUCGAGUGGAACUACCGGUCGGUGCCCCAGGCCCGGGGGUUCGGAGGCGAGGUCGUCAGCCAUGCGACGAACAGCGGCAAGCCGCGCAACUAUCCCCUCCGCGAGAAGAGUCGACGGUUCCACGAGCUGCGCGGGUGCCAGCACGCGCUCGAUAUCAACGGGGGCUACCCCGAGGGAUACACGGAGGCAUUCAACUCCACAUAUGAGGGGCUGAGGAGCUAUGCUGCUGGCUACGUGCUCGGGGAGAAUGUCACGCUGUGGACCCGGUCUCUAGUAGAGAAGGUGGUCGUGGAACAGGGCGCGGCGAAAGGCGUGGUCGUCCUGCGGUCUGUGGGCGAUACCGAUACGCGUGAGCGCAUCUACGUCGAGGCAAGCAAAGAAGUCAUUCUCUCUGCGGGCGCGCAGAGCUCGCCCAAGAUCCUGCUUCUGAGUGGCAUCGGCCCGGCCGCGGAGCUGGCACGGCACCCGAUCACCCCGAUCGUCGACCUCCCCGUCGGACGCAACUACGCCGACCAUCCCGCCAUCUUCACCUACUGGGCCAUCGACCUCCCGAACGCGGUCCUGGGCGAUGGUGAGAUGCAGGGGCCCGAUCUUGACUGGACCGCGGGGCUGCCCUACGACUGGAUCUCCUUCGCGCCCGCCGACCAGGGCACCCGCGAGCUGGCCCGACAAAUCCUCCCUGCGGACCAGUACCAGCGUUACUCGGCAGAAGGCAAGCUGCAGGUCGAGGCGUUCACAGUCUACACCUCCGUCGACACAUGCACCCGCACCCCCCUCGCGCCCGGCUGGCCCGGCAAAGGCGUCUUCAGCAUCGCUCACAUCCUCGUGGACCCGGUCUCGCGUGGCACCGUCACCCUGCGCUCCGCCGAUCCCGCCGACCCGCCCAUCCUGGAUCCCAACCUGCUCGACUCGCCCGUCGACCGCUCGGCGCUAUACGAGUGCGUGCGGAGCUGUGCGCGCGCGAUCCAGGCGGUCGAGGGGCUGAAUGCCGUGGAGUGGGGGGUCAAGGACGCUCUCCGCGGGGAUUGGUCGGAUGAGGCGAUUGAGAGUCGCGCCCGGCGCAUGGGCGCGGGUACCGUCUUCCAUCCGUCAGGGACUUGUGCCAUGGGACAGGUGGUGGAUGGGGAUUGUAGGGUGUUCGGGGUCGAGGGGCUGCGGGUGGUCGAUGCGGGAGUCAUUCCGAUCCCGCUGGCGGCGCACUAUCAGGCGCCUAUGUAUGGGGUUGCGGAGAGGGCUACUGAGCUUGUUUUGGGGGAGGUGUGAGGGUUGCGGGGUUCGACAGAGAAGAGAAUGGGUGGUGGAUAACAUAUUGACGUCGAUUGAAUGCAGAUAUAAGACAGUACAUUUCCGAAUCCAAGCAGUUAAUUAUCG